GCCCAAAGCUGCAUCAGGGAAGGGGCAGGCGCUCCUCCCUGGGUCCAAGCUUCGAGCUACUGCUGUCCUGCCUUCCCCUUCAGACUGUUUGUCUGUAAGCACCUCCAGGAAGGAUGAAGGGUUACAGCCAGCCUGGGCUGGCUCCUGCAGAGCAUCAGAAAAAGGUCUCCCUCGCCCCUGUGCCUACCCUCCUGCAGCCUUUAUCGCCCCUCUGCUCUGAGUCCCAUUCAUUCUGCCACAGCUGUGAACAUCUUCCCAGACUGUCUCUUGCACCGAGCUUGCCUGGAGUCUGUACCCGCUGUCAGGGGACCCACCCCAGACCCACACGCAGCCCCACAUCUUAGAUUCCCUGGGGCUGACAGGCAGUGGUGACUCCACACUACGCUGAGGUGAGAUCCUAGUUGCCCAAAAUAGCCCCAGCUGCGUCUGAGGCCAGUCUUCCUCCUGGAAUGAGGAUAAUGGGUACCAGCAUUGCGUUCUGCCUCUGUGAUCUCAAGCCCUGGGCACCAAGCUGCAGUAAACACGGGGCAGGGCGGGUGGACCAGACGGAGAAGUUGUCCAGGAUGCUUGGGGUAGGGACUGUUUCUUGGUUCUGAUGUUGUCUAUCAGCUGUGCACCCGGCCCUCCCCCCCAACACACACCCUACCGCCCUGGACCACUCCUGUAGCUACUUAUCCUGGUCCCCUGACACCUCCAUCCCCAAGCAAGUUCCCUCCCUCAAUGACCUUGCCUACCAAGCAUUGGGUGGUCUGGGCAGGCUUGCUGUCCUUCACCCAGGCAACAUCCUAUGUAGUGAGCACUAGCCCCUCUUGGUGGACAGGCCCACAGACGUUCUACAGCCAACCUGGCUUCCCAUCCUUCACACACCUAUAAGAUGCUUGAGUGUCCACUGUACUGUCACUGCCCGAGCCCCUGCCCCAUACCCCUCUAGGCCUUACCUGGCCUUGAGUUUGCAGUGCCUCGAGGCCCUCACUCCGGAGCUGCUCCAGGGCCACAGCCAGCUGCAGCCCCUCCAUGUGCACCCAGGCCUGCUCCUCCUGCAGCUGCUGCAGCCACAGCUGCUCCUCCUGCAGCUGCUGCAGCCACAGCUGCUCCUCCUGCCACAGCUGCAUCUGCAGCUGGACCUGCCGCCUCCGAUCCUCCAGCAGCAGCUGCUCCUGGGCUAGGCACAGCUGGACUUCGUGGAGUCUCAGCAAUUCAGGGCCCAGGGCUGGCAUGGGGGCCCCAGCUCCACAGCCCUCCAUGUGCUCAGGGGCCAGCACCAGCUCGGAUCCCAAAGCAAUGUCCUGAACUGGCCUCCAGGCUGCCUGUAGCUGCUCUGGCCUGGUGGCCCUGGAGUGUCCCUGAGGAGCCGGCUGAGUGCUGGUCACGUGCUCUGUCGGGGCCACCCCCACCUGGUCCUGAGGGCCCCCUGUGUUGGGGGGCGGGGGCUCAGCCUCAGGGCCCUGCUGCCCAGCUGCCCGCUGGGCCCUGCCCACCCUCUUGCCUCGGGGCUUUCGAGCUCGCCCUCGUUUCCCAGACAUGGCCCUGAAUCCAGUGCCUCUUUCUCCAGAUGUCUGCUCCCCAGGGGCCUGGCUCAUCAACUGGCCUGGUUAGGGAGCUCAGAGGACAUCCCAGAGGCCACAAGAGGUUGCUUGCUCUCAGCCAGGUUCAGCCCUCUGCUCCCCGCUGUCCCAAGUGGCUGUGCUACCCCUUGGCUGAUCUCCGCACCCCGGUAGCAGAGCCCAGGGCCCUGGCUCUGCCUAUAGGCCCCACAGGUCCCACUCUGUGGCACUGGGCCACACCAGAGAGUUUAUAGAGACUUUGGCGGCACAGUGGCUCACCCUAGCCGAGGAGGCUGACUAACACGCUGACACAGGGGAAGCCGAGAGAGAGUCGCCAGCUGCAAAGGAAGGCAAGUCAUCCAAGCAAAGGGUCCUUCUCUGAGAACCCCCAGGCCCCUGCAGGUUGACAGAACACUCAGGAUACACAUGGCUCUAAGCACCAAAUGCCCUGUCACUAGGUGGCCUCCCUGGCCGCGGUGGCCAGCGUGCUGCAGUCAUGGGACCUGAGCCUCACAGAAGCUAUGCUCAAGAACAUGGAGGCAGAGCAGCAGCGCCGUGCUCAGGAGGCCCAGAAGCACAAGGAGAACGAGGCCAAGCGCAUCAACAUCAAGGUGCAGCAGCUGGCUAAGGAGCAGCAGAAGUGUCAAAAGGAGCUCCAGCAGGCCUACUGUGAGCUCAAUCGGAGGAUCAUGGAACAUGACAAGUGUGAGAGGAAGUUCAUGGGCAAUACCGAACUCACACUACAGGCCAUCAAGGAUGCAGAGGCCCAAGUGGACAGAUUGCAGCAAGAGGCACAGAAGGCUGAGGAGACACUGGCCAUGGCCAGGCUGGAGCUGCGGGAACAGACUCCGGAGGACGAGGAUACAGAACCUGGGCUCAAGUGCCGGGUCACGGAGCUCCAUGACGUGCUGAUGAAGGACGUAGGGGAUCGCAUCCGAGCCGAUGGACGGUGGCCUCUUGUCAUCGACCCUUCUGGCCAGGCAGCCACUUUCUUGAGAUACCAGGACACCAACUAUGUGGACACCCUAAAUCCGGAGCACUUGAGACCUGAGAGGAUUCGGCUGGCUCUCCUGGGGGCACUCAGGUACGGGAAGCCACUGGUGUUUGACCUGCGUCAAGUGAACCUGUUCCCAGUAGUACAGCAACAGCUGGAGGUCGUGCAGACUGGCCUGGCACAGGCCCUGUUGAAUCGUGGGCUGCUGGCAAAGGAAGGGUAUCUGUCACUGCUUCGGCCAACAGAUGGACCUGAGUAUGACCCCUCCCAGUUCCAAGAGGCUCGCCUAGAGAACUUCCGCCUCUUCUUUGUCACCCAAGUUAAGUGGCCCCCAGCUGACCAGCUGCAGACCCUGCUCCCAGUGCGUGUGCAGAUGCCCAGUGGAAGGUUCUAGUCACACCCCAAUAAAGCGUGUGCCCACGGCA